AGUCAGAAAAUCAAAGGCUCUUUUACAAGACAUUGGACGAUUUAUUAUAUUCCACACAACAAAUGGUAAAGAACAACAAACGAGUGGAUUUUAUUAUAAGAGAUUUAAAUAUCAAUUCGUCUUAUAAACCUGAAGAAAAGCUUUCAUCGUCAUCGAUUAUCAAUAACGCAAUUAUAUGUGACCCAAAAGUCGUUGAUAGAAUCAAGCAAAGAAUAAUAGACACAAUCGUGUCUACGAGCGAAGACUUCGAGAAAGCGUGGCAUGAAAAUCUUCCAAGCAUCGUGAAGGACUUCGUUCACGAUGUAUCUCUUCGACAUGCGGACUAUGUAAAUAACAUCCUUCCAAAGCCUACAAUAUGCAACCCGCAAUGUGUUAGUACCAGGAAUUUUCUCCAUAAAAUUACAAGAUUCUUUGACGCUUUGAUAUCAGCUAAACGCGAAAAAACGAAAGAUUCUAGUUCGCAUGUAACAUUGGCGGAGGAUAAGAUAGAAGAGGAAAUAUUCGAGAAAUCGAAAUCGAUUAUCUAUACGGAAGAGAAACCAAGCACUAUAAUGAUGGAGGCCGUUCAAUCGGCUACGAUCAUAAUACAGCGAAAGACCUUCGUGGAUUCUCAGGUAUCAGUAUCUUCGAUUCACUUUGUCCAGGAAUCGCAAUAUCCUUUAACAAGCUUAGAUGUGACAGGUGAAUUGCGCAAAACUGUAAGAAUUCAAGUAAGUUCAUUAAUAAAAGAACCGAGUAGAGAUGAAAUCGCGUAUAAAGUAUCAAGCAUAAACUUAAAACCAGAGAAAUGUGAUUUCCAAGAUGCUGCAGUUAUAACUGGUUUAGCAGCUAUUGCUGUUAAAAGAGAGACAGUGGAAGAAGAAGAAAGGAGAAAAGACAGUACAAUUUUUUUCCGAUCAAUAUUAGAUACAGUUACUUUUGCUGUUUUUCAACAUAUUGCAAUUAUAAGCACUAAAGAUGCUAAAGUUGUUAAAGAUAAGAAAGAUGAGGAAAAAAAAGAUGUUCAAGUUGUUAAAGUUCCCAAAGUUGCUAAAAUUGAUAAAAAGAAAAAAGAAGAGACAGAUGUUAAAUUUGCUAUAAAUGAUGAAAAAGAAGAGAAAGAAAAAUAUAUUAAAGUAGCUAAAGAUCAUAUAAAAGAAGAGGAAGAGAAAUAUAUUGAAGCUGCUAAAGUUUAUUUAAAAGAAGAGGAAGAGGAAUAUAUUAAAGUUGCUAAAGAUGAUAUAAAAGAAGAGGAAGAGGAACAUAUUAAAGUUGCUAAAGAUGAUAUAAAAGAAGAGAAAAAGAAAUAUAUUAAAGUUGCUAAAGAUCAUAUAAAAGAAGAGGAAGAGAAAUAUAUUGAAGCUGCUAAAGUUUAUUUAAAAGAAGAGGAAGAGGAAUAUAUUGAAGCUGCUAAAAAUAAUAUAAGAGAAGAGGAAGAGGAACAUAUUAAAGUUGCUAAAGAUGAUAUAAAAGAAGAGAAAAAGAAAUAUAUUAAAGUUGCUAAAGAUCAUAUAAAAGAAGAGGAAGAGAAAUAUAUUGAAGCUGCUAAAGAUAAUAUAAAAGAAGAGAAAAAGAAAUAUAUUAAAGUUGCUAAAGAUGAUAUAAAAGAAGAGGAAGAGAAAUAUAUUGGAGUUGCUAAAAAUGAUAUAAAAGAAAAGAAAAAUGCUUAUGUUGUUUUUGAUGAUACGACAAUUGAGACCACUGUAGAUGAUUCAAUUAUAGAUACUAUACAUAAAAGGAAAAAAUAUAAUAAUAAAAUUGUAUCUUAUAAAAAGCCGAAAUAUCGCAGCAUCGAUUCACUAGAUUUCAAUCGAUAUGAUGAUAUUUCAGAGACUCUCAUUAAAAAUGAUUAUUUUAUCACAAAGAAAGAAAAAAUGCCAUUAUAUAAGAAAAUACAACAUCUCAGCGUCUCGACAUUCUUCUCAUGCACAUCAUUUGAACCAAUAAGAAAAUUCUGUUGUGAAAUACUAGAGACGAAAAUAUGUCUGGAAGAUCGAAGCAGUUUACUGAGAAUUCUACAGCCAAUAAGUUGUUUAAUCCCAAGUAACAUCUAUCUCCGGAAAUAUUCUGAUAUUCCGAUCACCUCGUUUGACCCGCAGAUUGCAGCGACACAAGAAACUACUUUAAGUAACAUUCUUCAUCCUUCCCCGCAAAAUUCGCGCACAAUCGGAUACCAUGUCAGCGGUAUUGAGUUGACUAACAAUAAGAACGCUUUUUUAAGACAUAAUAACAUCAACUGCUGCAGAAAACAUAGAGCAAUACACGAAAAUUCAUCAUAUGCGCCAUACGAUACGCAUUGCAAGUUUGGCGUGAAAUAUUGUUGUCCGCAUUUAAAUAAUAUCGGCAACAUUCAAACGGGCUAUUAUCAUUGCAACAAUAAUUAUUCAAUACGGAACACUCGACACUGCGAAAGGAAUCAAUUACAUUAUUGGUCGAGGGAAAAUUUAUAUUUUAUACAUCCAUGCACAUCGAGACAUUCGUUGCGAUAUUACUGAUAUUGAUAAUAUUGACAUAUAUGACAUUUAACUUGACUAAAUAAUCCGAGAUCAAUCGCAUCGGCAAUAUAAAAUUAACGUACUGCAGCAUCGACCGCUUCACCAUUAUAAUUUACACCCAUAUAAUUUUUUACUGCGAUCAGGCUUACGAUGUAAGGUAGGUCGGAUAUUAUGAUGAAGGCUAUGAAAAAUUGAAAUGGGUAAAUGCACACGAUGUAAUCUGUAUCGUAUUAGUAUGACGCGCGUCAAUUCUAAUUAUAUAUACUACGUACUAAUUUUAGUUAUUAACCCGCUCGCAUAUGGCAAAUAGAGUUUUGCGCCCUGUCGGACGUAUAUGUGCGCAUGCAUAUUAAUAAUUAAAAUUAAUAACGCGCUAAAUAUAGUUACGAUAUACGAGACACUCGACACAUUGAUGUCGGACGACAAGACAAUGUAUCGUACGAUAUAUAUUAACGCGGACAGAGAAUGAUUAUGCGAGUUUGCACAGGAGCUUGUAUUAUGCAUUAUGACAACUAAUUUAUAAUAUAGUUUACUAAUAAUGACAAAUUGCUUGUGGAGCUACAGUUGGAAAAAUAGCCAAAUAUUGGAGAAAUAUAUGCGGGUCACAAGAAAACGCCUAACGCAAAUAGUAGUGGCCAGUCGCAGAAGGCGAUGAGAGUCGAAUAAAGUGGCAAAGAUUGCUCAAUAGUUUUUUUUGUCCGUUGGCAAAUUUACUUUGCUACAAUUUGGAAAGAGUUUGUGAGAAGAAAUUGGCGUGUGUGCGCGAAAAACCGUUCUACAAAAAAUACCAAACAGUGGCGAAAAGAACUCGCGGGCAGUCGGAGAACUUUGUAUCGUGACGAGAACGUUAUUGUAUUCUAAAACGGUCAUCGCGGUUGGCGAUUGCGGUGGAAGAAGCCUCACGGAAGUUCGCCAAGUUCCUCACCUGUCGGAUGCACUACCGACGAGCUCCGAAAAUCGACGAGAAAUGGAGAAAUGGAAGCUAUGUGUUUCCCUCACUGGAUACUAUAUACUAUUCGUUUACGUAAUGCGUGAUACGAUCAACAAUCGAAGGCUGCAUGUGCGAAAGCUUACCUCGGGAGAAUCUCACGUCUUAAGCAGCCUUUGUGCUCGGAGAGUCCAUCGAGACGAAAACUUUGUCGAAGUUCGUGGCAAUCUGCUUGGCGAACUUCCCGGGUGACCGAAAUAAGAGCAGGGGGUCCAAACUAGUCUCUUCCCGACAACCAAGUACAUCGUGAACCACACAGGCAACAUUAAGCGCAUGUCUACCGCUGAAAUAAGCGUCCCGGUCGUAUAACGGGUAGCUUUAUGUAAUGGCAAGACUCAACGUCAUUCUAGCGGAUAUAUCAGACAGGCGACGUCAAGCGACGGAAGAUUUACUAUUCAACUUCGACGUCUCGCACAGCACGGAACUUCCUGCGGAGGCAAAGGAAGCGCGAUAAACGGCUCGACGAAACGGCGCAUUGCCAGAUGGCACGUUCCGCGUUAAGUAUUCGGGAAUGCUGAUGUCGGCAACAACGCCGAAAAGGGUUGUAGGAGAACAGAGUUGCUUCGUGGACGAUGAUAAUGACAAUGUGCAAGCUGAGGAACGCGAUCGUACUGGAUCGCGCAAAGUAACAGCGAAGAAACUUGAUAGCGUCACUUUUCGCAAAGAUAUAUUCGAUAAAAGAUUAUAACAAAAAAAAAUGAUCAAGAAGAGUGCGAAAGAUCCUACGUAAUGCUCCUCGACGUUUCUAUCCGUCAUCUUAUCAUGCUAAGUCGAUUAAACACGGGUGACAACACGCUGUUUCUCCCUCCCUUCCUCUCCUUUACCCUCUCACGCCGAGCGUCGUGUAUAUCGUGGCUCAUCGUCCAACGACGUGCAACACGGCCGUGUAUCCACCGCUGUCUGACCCACCUCCGUGCAAUCUGCCGACGUGUAAUCCGCCAGCGUGUAAACUACCCUUGUGUAAACUGUCCCUGUGUAAAUCACUGCCGUGUCCAGUGCCAUCGGUCCGCCGCCAUCGUCCUGCGACACGUCUCACGUCGUGUUCAACGUCUUCGGACCGUUCAAUUCCGACCAAGAACCGGUCUCUUGUCGAGAAACUGUAUUCGAUAGCCUCAUGAAACACGUGCGAUGAGAAGCGGGUCAAUAGCGGUGAAAGGACUACUCGUUAAUUUGAUCAAGAUUGAAUUAAAUACCGAUUGUGUGAAGUUAAGAAGAGAUCCUUCUUAUGACCUACAAAAGUCUUCCUUCUUGCGGAGGAUGCCGCGGUCAAUCGCGCGGAAAAAUAUAUAGUCGCGCGAGCACCAAUACGGAAACAUGCUGCUCACCAUUGGGAAGCAGUCCGGAAUACUGUGGCGUUGGAAAUCCAAGCUGCGGAGGAUGCUGCUAAUGAUUCACCGCUUUAAGGAUGCCCACGCCCGCUGCACGCUCAAGAAAUUAAUAAAUAAAGCAGUUUCCACAAGACGUAACUGGCAGAUUUAUUACUUCCGAAAACAUGCAAUUUGC